AUGGCAUUUGCAGCUGGCAUUCCAAAGAAACUUGCCUCAACCAUUGGCAUUGUAGUUGACCAUUGUCGCAAGAACCGUUCUCUGGAGGGUCUUCAAGCUAAUGUUCAAAGGCUGAAAACUUACAAGGCUAAUUUAGUUGUCUUCCCAAGACAUCUGGGCAAAUUCAAGCCAACCAACCAAACACCCUUGCUCCCUGCUUCUCUUCCCAACCGUGCACAGCAGCCGCCCCCUUUGUUUCUUCCAGCCGUUCUCUCCCUCUCCAAGACCCCUUCGUUUGAUGUUUAUAGCACUGUCCUCGGAGAGUCCUACCGGAAAUAG